AUGCUGCAGAGAAGUACCUCGUACGCCAACCCAGAGCUCCCGACUUAUCUUGCCUCGCUGCUGCGCAAUCUGCCGGACGAUGGCGUCGACGCGACGCUGCGGCUCCUCGAGUGCGUCUUGGUCGGAGGCACCGCAAGCUUCGAGACAUUCCUUGCGACGCGCGCCAACUUGUAUGGGCAAGCCAGUCGCUCCAAGUGCGAAGAGGUCUGGAACGGCGACCACAUCGCCUACCGCUGCCGCACGUGCGGUCUGUCGGACUCGAGCUGCAUGUGUGUGCAGUGCUUCGACCCAGCCCAGCAUGAGAACCACGACUACCGCAUCUACCGGUGUAGCUACGGCGGCUGUUGCGACUGCGGCGACGACCUCGCGUGGAAGCCGUCGGGCUUUUGCAAGACGCAUUGCUCCACGCCGUCGGUUCCGAUACCAGACAUUGCGAGCGAAGAAUGCGCGCGCUUAGAUGUGGUCCUCGACACGAUUUUGGAACUGCUCCUAUCGCUCUUGCGCAUGAUUUACGGCGAGGUGACGGUUCCGGGUACGUCCGCGGCCUCGACGCACACGCUCCAGACGACGCAGUACUGCUUCUCGGACGUCGGCCGCGCCCACGACAGCUUUACGCCCCGAACGCAACUUCUCCUUUGUCGACUCGCACAGUGUCUCUCGUGGCUACAACCCAUCGUGACGAGUUGCGUCCAGUACCGAGCGCGCAUGUGUCGCGCGCUGCAGAUGCCAACGCGCUGGGGCCCAUCCUCGACGACGGUGCUCGACUCGUGCUUGACGUUCGGCAUCUUGCUCCCGCUCGAGUCGGCAGACGCGCUCGGCGUGCUCUUUCUCAAGCUGCUCUUUGACAAGGACUUCAAGUUGCGCUUCACUGCGGCUUUCUUGGCCGCGUACCCGUUCUACAUACGCCUAUACAAUGUCCACUUGGAGAACGAGGCAGCGCACACGCACGUGAGCCGCUUCAUCGACCGCCUUUUCUGCCAGCUCUUUCACAGCGCGGCGCAGCUCCACCAAAUGGACCUCAGCGGUGUGACGUCCGUGGCACCCAUCCACGGGCACAUAUUCGCCGUCAACGCCCGCCGCACCGCGACGGAGCAGCUCGUGCACUUUUUGCUGGGGCACUUGCUCGCACUACUAAAGCAGACGCAGCGCGGAACGACGCUCGACUGCAACCACGACUUUCUCAAACUGCGGACCUACUCGCGCUUCUGCUCGGAGCUGCGCACGCUUCUUGUGCACCCGCCCAUUGCCGGCCAACUGGAAGACGACUCAAUCAUGGCGACGCUCCUCGACAUCUUGUCCACGAUGCAGUGCAUGGACCUCCAGACUAAGCAGCGAGACCGCCACGUCGAGUUCGAGUCGAGCUCAUGGACAGCGUCAUUCGUACUGGACUACGAGGUCAUGCUCGUGUGGCAAUACAUUUUGCUCGGAUACCGCCGAUCUACGAGUGUGCUGCCCCCUGACGACGCGUUUGGGGCUCCCUUUUCGUGCGCCAUUACGAUAUUACUUUUUGGAUCUCACAUGAAUAUGAGCAGGGAUCCACCGUUGAACCCGUCCAAGUCGCCCUUCGAGCUCCCGACGUUGGUGCAAGGACUAUUGGAACCCAUCGAAGCAAAGCUCGCAGCGUGGUGCUACGAAAGCAUGGGCCAAGCAACAUGGCCGCGCCUUGACAGCGCCACGUGCAGCUUGCACUUGCCGCUUCACCACUUUUAUGCGAGUGCGCUCAGUGAUAUGAUGGCAGCGCUCGCCGCAGAUCCCAAGGCUCUGCUAGCGCUGCUGCGUCGGCCAGGCGCGGCCUUUUGGCACACGGUCGUGUACCACUCGGUGCAAGUGCAGCAUUUUGUGCGGUCGAUCAAGUGCCAUCUCUGGGUUCUCAACGGACAGUCCAUGUGGCAACAGGUGUAUCAUUACCACUCUCGCCAUUGGCGCCAUCACGGACUGCACAAGGACCUUUUUCUUCUUCAACUUGGCGCUGCGCUGGACCCAGCGUUUGUGUCGGACGUCGUCUCACACUGGCUGCCUGACGACAAGGACGCGGCGCCGCUCAUGCUCGACGAACUCCUAAAGCUCGUACUCCAGCUCGUCCUAGACCCAACGCACGUUGGUGCGCUCUCAUCAUGGCAGCUUCUCAUUCGAGAAGUGAAGCACUGGCUCAGCACUGGACCGCUGACGCGCACCGAGUUUGUAUCCAAGUGCAACCUAAAGCUCCUCGAUGCGAUUAAAGAGCACACGAAAGAAGAAGACGACGACAUUCUCAACCGCGCUCUUGAACAAGUCGGUGUGAGCUCGUCGGCGAUGGCUGCCACGUCGGCCGGCUCGGAGCCGUCACCACAAGCCGUUCUGCAGGGCCUGGACAACCAUCCAUCGUCGAGCACGUCGACAUUCACACUGCAGCCAGCACUCUGGGCUGACAUUUGCCCUUACUUUGAGGCCUUUACACUCAUGGACGCGCAAAAAUGUGAGCAAAACCGACCAACGACGCAAGUGCUGCUGCCGCCGCUAGAUCACGUGCUCCCGUGUCUCGACGCGCGCGACAGCGUCCAGUUUGCCGUCGUUUCAGCGCUACUCUCAAACCACCUGCUUUUGGCACUUGUCUAUCGCGUCCUUCAUGCCGAGACUCAACGCGCCGAGGACGCAGGCGUUGUGCAAACUGCGUUGCACCUCUUGUACACGGCGGUGUCGAUUGUACCGCGGGAUUUCGUGCCAGAGACAGUCCCCGCAACAUCCAACGACGCGCUGGAUGCAAUUGUGCGUGCCUGGAGCGGUAAGCCGUGGUGGGACGCAAUGACUACUCGUGUCGAAAUGCUCGCGCCGACGGCGUCGCUCUUGGAGCUUCUUCAACAAUUGCCGUCAUCGCCGCUCGUGACGGCCGUGCUCAGCCGCUGCGAUCCGUCUGCGCCACCAACCGCGCCUGCUCCACCGACUCCCAAGUCCGGAAAGCCCGACCACAUUAAGGAGCGCCAGGCCAAGAUACUGCAGAAGCUUCGUGCGCAACAAAACGCAUUUCUCCGCCUUUCAAAAGAUCGCGCGCCCGCGGAUGAGGUCCUCCCCGUCUUUUCGCAGUCGUCGCUCGAAUCGGUCGAAAGUCCGCGGCCAACAACGACGGUCUACGACUGCGCAUUGUGCCACGACGAAGCGGCCACCAACAGUGCGUUUGGCUCGGUGGGAUUUCUCACGCCGUCACGCGUCGCAUGCCUCGCGUCGCCACCGCUCCUCACACCAUAUCCACAUUGUCACGCGCGCGUCUGUGGCCAUGUAGUCCAUCGGGCGUGCAUGCAAACGUACCUCACGACGCUUGACGACCGCCAACGCAUCACGGCACCAGGAGAAUUCGUGUGUCCUGUUUGCCGCCGUCUUAGCAAUACCCUCGUCCCGCUAAGUGCUUCGUCAGCGUCACCGUCGUCGGUUGUCCAGUGGGCCUCGGGUCGGUUUGUGCCAGCAUCUGUGCCGCUGCCGCUGUCCGUUCGCACCUUUCUCCUCCAAGUCCAUGCGACGAUCGGCAACCCGUUGGCACCGACGCUUGCGACCCUCGUCGACAUGGCUGACCACCUGCUCUUUCUGGCAGAGCUCAGCGAGCGCAACAGCGGCAUCGCGAUCACCUUUCAGUGCCUCGCAAACCUCGUGCACGUGGCGACGCUUCAGAUUCCGAGCCCACCGUGGACGUGGCACCAGUUUCUCGCGUGGUGCCUUGUUGCGCCUCGCGCAGCGCCAGAUCUUCUCGCUCACUAUGUGCCGUUUGCGCUAUCGCAGUCGCCGACGCUACCUGGCCUCGCCCGCAAGCUCCGACACGUGCAAUCGUGGCUCGGCAAGACGGACGCCAUUGCUGAAACUGGCGCGCUCGACCAGUGGCUCAUGGCGCUGCAACCCGAGGCGUCAUUGCCGACCGCAUCGUUCUCGCUCGUGGCCCUGCCGAAGCACUACGUCGAGAUCUAUUUAGCGUACUGCCAAAAGAAUGCACAGUGCGCCAAAUGCAACGCCGCGCCACAGCACCCAGCGAUCUGCCUCCUCUGCGGCAAACUUGUUUGUUGCUUUGGCGCGUGCUGCCAGGAUGAUCAAGGGCGUGGUGAAUGCACUCAGCACAGCCUCACGUGUGGCGUUGGCUUUGGCUGCUUCCUCCUCCUCCGCGCCUGCACGGUGCUUUUGCUGCUCGGACAAGGACGGUGCAGCAUUUGGGGCAGCGUCUACUUGGACAAAAAUGGGGAGGAGGAUCCGUACCUCCGGCGCGGCAAGACACUGUACCUGAGCAACGAGCGCUACACGCAGCUGUGGGAGCUUGUCGUGCGCCACGGCUUCACCGAAAGCAGCUCAAUCUUAGCCAACACGUCGCGCCAAGACGGGCUGCGGUAUUAACACCUUUCUCUUCUUUACCUCC